AUGGCGUCGGGUGUAAUCGCAUCGUUUCGUCGCAUGGUGACGUCGUGUAUAAUCGCACUGCUUCUAACGAGCACCGGCUGCUAUCAAGGUCCCGCAGUGGCAGCCGCGGUGGUAACCAUUCCAGGAACACCUUCGCCGAAGGUUUCGCCAAAGCUUUCCCUGAAGAUUCCGCCAAAGGUUCCGCCGAAGGUUCCGCCGCCUCUCCCCGCGGGGCGCAUCCCUGGCGGCGGAAACGUCGCGGCUGGGGGAAACUCCACGUGGCAGCCCAGCGAUUCGUGGCAGCCUGAGCUGACGCUACUCGCGAACAACUCGUACGGCGCGCGUUGCCUGGACGGCAGUCCCCCGGGGUACUACUUCCGCCCGGGUUCGGGGGAGGGCGCGGACGCGUGGCAUGUGCACCUGCCCAUGGGGGGGUGGUGCUUCAACCUCAGCACCUGCGCGGAUCGCGCCAAGACCUUCCUGGGUUCGUCCCGAGCCGACCUGCAAGAAGAGAACCCAUACCGCCAUGCGCGGUGGGGCUAUCAGGGCAUACUGAGCAGCAGGAAGAGCGUGAAUCCGCGCUUCUACAACUGGAACGUCGUCGUCCCCACCUACUGUGACGGAGGGGGGUUCUCGGGCAGGCGAGGGCCUGUGAGGGUGAAUGGUCGCAACGUUACUCUCUACUUGGAAGGAUGGAAGAUCAUGAAAGCCGUGCUGACUGACCUCCUCACCAACCGCGGCCUGCAUUCCGCCACCUCUCUGCUGCUCUCCGGGGCAUCAGCGGGAGGUCAAGCCGUGGUGACCUUCUGUGGCCUCCUCGCCAACUCAGUCGCCCACCCCUCUGCGGUCAAGUGCCUGCUGGACUCCGCCUUCUUCACUGCGCAACCACCUGCCAUGCGCUGGCGCUGCUUCUUCCCACAGUACACACUCGCCACUCCAUUCCUCUUUCUCUUCCCACAGUACACACUCGCCACUCCAUUCCUCUUUCUCUUCCCACAGUACGCACUCGCCUUUGUCACGCGCCGCCCGGUGUUCAUCGUUCAGCCGCUCUUUGACUUCACCAAUUCUCCCCAUUGCCCUCCUCUUCUUCCCGCAACUCACCCCAUCUCCCAUCCCCCAACUCAACCCCCCCGCCAAAAAGUGGCGCUGCUUCUUUCCCCUAAGUGGCGCUGCUUCUUCCCGCAGUACGCGCUCGCCUUUGUCACGCGCCGCCCGGUCUUCAUCGUGCAGCCGCUCUUUGACUUCCGCGCCCUCGUGCGCGGUAACCAGCUACCCGAGGACUACGGUUACGUCUUGAACUGCCUGCGCUCGCUCCUCUCCCUGCCCGUCCUCCCGGAGAAGAAAAAGAAUCCAAAGAUUUCUCGCCAAGCGUUUGACCUAGCAGCUGUGGAUGAGGGGGGAAGUGAGGAGGGACUGUUACAGGGUUGGAAGGAGAUUGAGGGAGACGGUUACACUACGUACUCCAUAUGGGCCGAAGCGAAUUUGCGAGAAGCAAAUGAAGCGGCAGCAAGCGGAGCAGCAUCAGACAAGGCGCUGUCAUCAAGAGGGGUAGCAAAUGUAGCGGCAGCGAGUGAGGCUGCAUUCGUAUUGCAGGCUGGGGUGAAUGCAACAAAAGGGCCAACAUCAUUCUGCAAGCCGGACGAGUUGGUGGCGAUAUUGACGGUGGCGAAUAAUGUUGCAAGCGAACCUUCGUAUUACUUCCGCCCAGGCGCCUCCCCUGCACCGCCCGUCAAGCGGACCUCUCCGCGCGCAGCCUCUUCGCCAAUAGCAGGCGGCCACGUGGCAGGCAGCGCCCAGUCCGCCAAUCGGCGGUGGUUCGCCAGCAGAAGCAGCGGGAUUACCACGGGGAAACCGAAUCAAUGGGCAUCGUCGUUGCCGGCGGGCGGCGCCGCGGAUCGAGCCACGUGGCAGCCAGCGCAAACGCCGGGGGGCGACCCGGAGAUAAAGAUUCACAUCCACCUGCCGGCGGGAGGGUGGUGCUUCAACGCGCAAGAGUGCCUUAAUCGCUCCUUGACCUUCCUGGGUUCCAGUGAGGGUUGGCCUACUAUCAUCCCCGAUGUGAGUUACCCCCCCUACCCCGCCCCCCCCCACCCCCCCUCCUCCCUCCCCCCGGCUUCCCCCUCCCCCUCUCAGCCCUCCCCGUCUCCCUCCUCGCCGUUUCCCCCCUUCCCCUAUACUCUCCUUUCGCCAACCCUUUCGUUCCCCGUCCCCCCACCUUCAACGUCCCUAAGUUGCGCCCCUCUCGUUCCCCCUUCCUCCCACCCCCUCUCGUCACAACUACUGCGCGCAUCCCCCUUUUCCCCACCCCCCCUCCCCCAUCCUUCCCCAGUCAGCCCCCAUGGGCGGCAUUCUGAGCGGCUUUCCGGACUUGAACCCUCCGUUCGCGGGUCAGCGCACAUCUCCUCUUCCCCCCCACUCCUUUCCGCUCCCCCCAUCCUCCCCCAGUCGGUUCCCAUGGGCGGGAUUCUGAACGACGAUCCGGAUGUGAACCCGCUAUUCGCGGACUGGCCCCUCGCGCGCAUCAACUACUGCGACGGCGGGGGCUUCGCGGGGCAGCGCGGGCGCAUCAACGUCACCAUCCCGGGCGCGCCUGUUAGGGGGAAGCAGGCGGGCGGGCAGGCAGGGGGGCAAGGGGGAAAGCAGGGGCGGGUGCUGGCGGGGAUGAAGCCCGGGCCUGGGGGACCGGGGGCAGGCGGGGGGAGCGGGGGGGCGGUGGGGGGGAGGCCGGGGGGGACGGUCGGGGGGAAGCCAGGGGGAUCGGCGGGGGGGAGGCAAAAGAUCGUACCUCUUUACAUGGAUGGGUGGAACGUCGUUCGGUCCAUCAUAGAUGACCUGAAGGCGAAGCGGGGCUUUAAUCUGGCCACAGAGGUUUUGCUCUCGGGCAGCUCAGCGGGCGGGCAGGCGACCAUCUACCUUUGUGACCGCGUGGCUGCUGCCUUCCCCACCGCCACCACCCGCUGCGUUGCAGACUCGGGCUAUUUUGUCAACUCCAUAGAUCGCAACGGCACGCGGCUGUGGGAGCGGCUGGCAAAGAGCAUCUCAACCACUCAGCAACUCAGCAACCCUGCCUGCCGCAAACGGACUCACGCGGAGUUAUCCGGGUUGGAGAAAAGCGCAGAACCUCUGCGAAAUAAGCAAGCAGCGGGUAACACUCCGGCCGGCAUUCCUAGACAGCGCCCCGAUGACGGCGAUAGACGGUGGCGUCCGGAGGGUGGGGGAAAAGAGGACGUAGCGCUGCGCGGGGGGAAGCGCGGACCGGGGGGGAUGCGGGCGGAGGACCGGGAGUUCCGCGUGCUGCCGCUAACGGUGAAAGCGAUGGCGGUGGCGAGCGCGUACCGCGUGGGUGAGAGCAGCUUCGUGGUAAUGGGGGAGUACCUCACACCCGUCUUGGCGCAUCAUCUGAAGCGCGCGCUCGUCGACGAGUGCGCGUGGGAGGGGGAAACCGACGACCACGCGGUGACUGCGGCAGAGUUUCUCUGGCUUCGAAAGGAGGACUACCACGGCACGCCGUGGGCGCCGGUGAUGAUUCGCUGCACGUUCGCGCGGCCCGUGGGGGGUGACAAUAACGGAGGGUCGUUGCUGCUCCGGCGACGGGGAACCGAGGAACCGAGGGCGAUUGUAAAGAAGUUCCCUUUGGUGAUUCAAGAGAUUGAAAUGGAGGUGCUUCGCGAGGAGCCGGGCGCGUUUGAGCUUAUAAAGCAGCCGCCAAUAUACGAGUUGGCGCACUGUAGCGGUCCCCUUUAUGGCCACCUGCGGCCCCGUGCCGUCUCUGAUUGGCUACACUACCACUCGCGCGCAGUUGGCGUACAACACUUCUUCCUCCACGAUUUCGGGGCUAUAAGCGGAGAUUACUCCACCACGUCAGAAGAUACCGCAGCAGGACCAGCAGCAACAGCAGGAGCAGCAGCAGGAGGAAGUGCAGCAAGCGGAGCAAGAGGAGGGAGCGGAGUGAGCAGGGUGGGCGGAGCGAGAGGAGCGGAGACUGGCGGAGAAGAGGAGCCGUCGUUGGCGGAGGCCGUGGCGCCGUUCGAGGCGCGAGGGCUGGUGACGGUGACGCGGCUGCUGGGGCACGAGCGGUUCCGGUCGCACUACUGGCACCAGAUACUGACCCAGAACGACUGCCUCUACCGCGCCCGCUACACCGCCAGAGCUUGGCAUCGGCAUGCAGGCACGCUGAGCAGCUGCACGCCCCUUCCCUGCACAACUUACGCAUAUCUUCUUUCAUAUCUUCACCCCUCCUUCGUUUCCCCACCCUCCCCCCCCCGUCCCCCCGGAUGGCUCAUCUUCGCUGACAUGGAUAUUCACUCCCUAACCUCUUCGCAAUCUGACCCAUCUGCACCCUUUCCCACCGCUCCUUCAUCCUCCCCCCACCCCCCCCCCGCAGUCUUCACGAACAUGUACGAGUAUCUUCCCUCCCUAACCUAA